GCCGCAGACCAGGACUGCCAUCUGUUGAGGAGUUACGAAGGUGGAGGCAUUACUUUUCAUUCAUAUAUAUAAAACUUUAUUACGGUCCAUGGACCCACAGCUGUUAAGUGAAUAAUGUACAAGAGUUUAACUGGGGAAAUUGCUAAACAAACACAAACUACACAAUGUCUCCUGAUCAGAGAUUAGGCUCUUUCUCGGCCUUGCUGCCACUGCAAGGAACUUUGCCACUGUGAGGGUCACCUCAUGGUGCUUAUACUUUUCAUUCAACCCUCGUAUUUACAUUACGAACAGUAGCAAAAUUACAAUUAUGAAGUAGCAACGAAAAUAAUGUUAUGGUCGGGGGUCACCACAACAUGAGAAACUGUAUUAAGGGAAGGUUGAGAAUCCAUGAAUUACAGGAAAGGAGAUUCUACCUCAAUCUGAUUGUAAGAAGAGCUGUUCAGCAGUGGAACUCUCUACCUCGGAAUGUGGUGGAAGCGCCUUCCUUGAAGGCUUUUAAACAGGCUGGAUGGCCAUCUGUCAGGGAUGCUUUGGUUGUGCGUUUUCUGCAUGGCAGGGGGUUGGACAGGAUGGCCCAUGUGUCUCUUCCAACUCUAUUAUAAUUUGAUUCUGCGAAACGACUCAUAGUUCUACAAUGGGGAUGAGACAACAGGAAGUUGGAAGGGAAAUUCACCCCUGAAAGAGUUAUUCUCAUGGGGAAAAGGGGUCUCCACUGAAGCUUUAUCCCCAAUCCUUGUUUCCACAACAAGCCACAUUUUCCAAAAUCCGCUUAAGCGACUGAGGGGGGAAAGGAAGGGGCCUGAGGCUGUUAGGAAUUGUGGGAGUUGAAGUCCAAAACACCUCGAGAGGUGAAGUUUGUCCAUGCCUGAUCUAUAGAUAUAGCUAUGGCUGGAGUUACACCUAAAAAUGUUCCUGUUCUGACUGAUAUACAUAUUCAACUUCAGAACAAAGCUGCAGAUCCUAUGUUGUUCAUAACUUGGAGACUGCCUGUGUAUGCACAGCACAUCCAUGCACAAGGGCACCACAAUAUGCAACUCUGCCUCUACAGGUUUCUAUUCACUUUUUUAUAAUCUUCCUUUUCCCAAAGCUGAGACUCAAAGGGGACUGCAAGAUUAUUAUUAUUAACAAAUUUAUUCAUACCCCACCUUUCUCCCCAUGGGGACUCAAGGCGGCUAACAAUCCCACAUUUAGUCAAGUUUAAAAAGGCAAUAUAAAGUUUAAAAAACAAUUAAAUAGCAACUAUAAAGGUAAAGGUUUCCCCUGACUUUAAGUCCAGUCAUGUCUGACUCUGGGGCUCAUCUCCAUUUCUAAGCCAAAGAGCCGGCGUUGUCUGUAGACACCUCCAAGGUUAUGUGGCCAUUGGCAUGACUGCAUGGAGUGCCAAUGUUACCUUCCUGCCGGAGCGGUACCUACUGAUUUACUCACAUUGGCAUGUUUUCAAACUGCUAGGUUGGCAGAAGCUGGAGCUAACAGCGGGUGCUCACUCCGCUCCCGGGAUUUGAACCUGCGACCUUUCGGCCUGCAAAUUCAGCAGCUCAGUGCUUUAACACACUUCGCCACCGGGGCUCCAAUAGCAACCAUAAAACACAAUAAAUACACAUAUAAUGGACUUUAAAACUCACAGAUUUGUUUUUUUUUAAAUCAGAUAAAUGCAGCUCUCGCUCUGAGAAGUCCAGCUGUUAGGACUGGCACCAAUGAGGACCCAAAAAAGUUACUUUUCAAAAAUGCAGUCCCUUCUGUGAAAGUUGAAUCAAAAUGACGUAACAACUAAAAUGAUUAAAGGUCUGGAGAACAAGCCCUAUAAGUUGAAUCAAAAUGACAUAGCAACUAAAAUGAUCAAAGGUCUGGAGAACAAGCCCUAUGAGGAGCGGUUUAAAGAACUGGGCAUGUUUAGCCUGCAGAAGAGAAGGCUGAGAGGAGACAUGAUAGCCAUGUACAAAUACGUGAAGGGAGGAGGGAGCAAGCUUGUUUUCUGCUGCCCUGCAGACUAGGACAUGGAACAAUGGCUUCAAACUACAGGAAAGGAGAUUCCACCUGAACAUCAGGAAGAACUUCCUCACUGUGAGAGCUGUUCAGCAGUGGAACUCUCUGCCCCGGACUGGUGUGGAGGCUGGAUGGUCAUCUGUUGGGGGUGCUUUGAAUGUGAUUUCCUGCUUCUUGGCGGGGGGGUUGGACUGGAUGGCCCAUGAGGUCUCUUCCAACUCUACUAUUCUAUGAUUCUAUGAUAAGUAUCUUCCAGAGCUCUGUGCAAAACUAACAUUAAAUUAUACUGCAAAUACCUGUCUUUGGUGACUUUCCAUGAGCAAAACUGCUAGAAAUACCAUUUGGUAGGGUGAGUACUCUUGUCGUUACCGAUCAUAAGAGUUUUCCAUUUGGACUACAAAGCCCCCCCUCCUGUCAAGCAGCUGCUGUACGACAAAAUUACAUAAGAAGGUUUGGUUUUUUUUUGGGGGGGGGGGGGGGGGGGGAGGAUGAGGACAAAAAACUAUGUAAGGACGCAGCGCAUUGCUUUCAAGGGGAAAACCACUCAUGUACAGGCAGCCCACCCCGCAAAGUCCUUCGGCUCUUUCAAGACGAAAGCACUUAUCCCGGGACAAUAGUUUUGAGACCGGAAUCCACUUCACCUAAUGCAAAGACCGUAAUUAGGUUCUAAUGAGGACGGGACACUUUCUGGGCGGCAUGCCUUAUAUACUUUGUUCGAGGCGAAACUUGUCGGCUGCCUUUGUGCCGUGAAGAAGAGCAAAGGGGCGCGCUCUGCCUCUGCGAGUCCAGCCUCAGUCCUUGGCCCCACCUAUCCCAUUAGGACUUGAGUAGCCUCGCGAAGACCACGUCAUUAGACCUGCCUCUUCACAUUAACUAGAAAAGAUCCAGAUGCACCACAUCUUUCUCACAACCCAUUCGACUGACACAGAGAGAGAGACCGAGCCCAAGAGCCGCACACCAGAAAGGAAACAGCAAGGAACUUUCCGUGCCAUCUCCCACCCACAACCAUGCCGAGGCACUCCGCUUUCUCCCGCUUCCGAGCCCGCUACAUGGGGGAGUCCUUCACCCUCCGCUACCUGAAAAUCCUGCGUGAGCUGCUGGCCUUCAUCGUCUUCAGCUACACAGUGCUGCUGGGGGCCCUCGUCCUGGCCGCCUGGACCACCUACUUCCUGGUGGCCAAAUGAGCACCCACCCGGCACUGCUUUGCCUGUCGCUUGCACACCCAGCCUAGACCCACUCGUCGUGCCUUGUCGUCGGACGCCCUAGAAUGCUGCCGCUUGCCUUUCAGAAACUUCCCAACUUUCUUCUGUCGCUGCCUGCUAAGCUGCUCUUUGAACGAGGUCUUAGGAGCAAGUGCCGGGGUUUGAAAGCGAGCGAUAGAAAAUGCAACGGUUCUCUAAGCAACAAGGGCUCGGCCAGAGGAUUAAUUCGAGUGUUUGCCCUCACUUUAAUUGACAUCCUUCCUCUCACAGUUCCAUAGAAAUGUAAAACAUGGAGGGACAUCAGGCAUGGGAAAACUUUAGCCCUCCAGGUGUCUUGGACUUCAAAUCCCACAAUUCUUAGCAGUCGGCAAGCUGUCUGGGAUGUCUGGGAGUUGCAGUCCAAAACACCUGGAGGGAGGAGCAAAGUCUGCCCAUGCCUGAGGUAGAUGGUCAAGCUGUAACCUGUCUUCUUGUUGCCAGCUUUGCUAAUAACAAUAUUAUCUAUGCUAGGCAUUCUCUUAAUAGAAACUGCUUGUUCUCAAUGUUUACUGUCUCCUUAUCUUUUCUCAAAUUGCAAAUGCCAAGCUCGCUGCAAUAAGCUUCAAGCACUGUACCAUUGCUCCCUUUACAAAAAGAUUAAUAAAGCUGGUGUUGUAUCUCUCUAGCAUUCAAA